UGUGAAACAUUUUUAAAGGAUAGCGAAAAAAAAUGGAUGAACAAGAAGAAGGCAAUGGAAGAGCGUCGAUAGAGGAGGCCAUAGAUGUUUUUCAAGUUAACGUCCAGUUGCCAACAGGUGAAACCUUAACUCUUGAAACAAAAGGCUCGUCAAGUGUGCGUGAUUUGAAAAUUAUAGUGGAAGUGAAUAGCGGAGUUCCGUCUGAUUUGUUUACUCUUGUACACAAACGAGCAGACGAGAAUAACGUUACCAAUCUCAGUGAUGAAACUAAGAUGGCGGACAUCAACACUUUCAUAGAUUUAGAAGCUACCAGCGGAUCCGUGACAUUCGAACUAAGUAUUAUUCCGUGGUGGGAACGAUUCGUACACCGAUGUAUGCAACUUGACAACCGCCAGAUUUUGAAACGGAUCUGUAUCAAGAUGAACCAGAUUUCCAGCGAAGAUAGAGCGUUCGUGGCAGCUUUCAUCGCAGCUCAAAAAGGCGAUGGACAGCUGUUCCAGACCUUGUUAGGUGGAGAUGUGAAGGUUGAUGUUCAACGUACUGUCCAAUGUAGUGGUCGCACUCUUUUGCAUGCAGCAGUAGCAGGUGGGAAUUUCUCGUGCGCAGCGGUUAUUUUCAUGAACGGUGGCUGGCCACUAUUGUCUAAACCUGACCAGCAAGGUGUUACGCCGAUGGACUUCGCUAAGAACACCAAACAGAAAGAUCUGGUGGAGCUGCUAGGCCACUACGUCGAAUUACAGUCUCGGGAAGCUGAGGCAAUUGAGUCGACUGCCGAUGAAACUGCGGAUGUUGACGUUGAUGCUGUCGAGUUACGUGACAAUGAACAAGAUGAAGACAACAUUAGACACGAAAGAGAGAACGAUCUCUCAGAAAGUCCCCCGCAAGAUCUCGUCAUCCAAAACGAGGUGACAGAGAACCUAGGAAAAGGAACUGCUGCCGACACUUUGAACGAAGUUGUAGCCAAACUCGAGAUAGAACGAGUUGAUCAAGAAAGACAACAGGACGAGGAAGUAAGCGAGAGAUCUUCCGUUCACGUACGAACGGGAUCCCAAAGGAGGCUAUUUAGAGAGUCCAAUAUUGAAGGAAAGCUGCAUAAGUCACUGAGAGCAAGCAAAUCAGUUGAUUCCCACGAUGGAUCUUCAGCCGUGAACUGUGUGGUUACUCGAAUAGAUGAAAUACGACCGCUGAGCGGCAAAGCUGUCCCAGGAACCAGACAGCGCGAAGAAAAGCUUCCAAGGGUUAACACACCACCUUCAUCACCCAUGAAUUCUCCUCGCAUGCGUCGCAAAUUAGUACCAUCACUUCUGAACCCAGAAAGACCGGGAAGUCCUGUUCUCUACCCCAGGUCUCCAUCAUCUCCUCGACCCAUGUCGCCUCUGGUAUCUCGUUCAAGGUCCUCAACCCUUCCAGCAAUGAGACCUAAUCUGGCUCCUACUUACAAUUCACCUGAUCUCAGAAGAAAAGCCAUGACUCUCAGUGGAGGCGAAAAUAGACGCGAGAGAAAAAUGAGCAAGGAAAUGCAAGACUUUUUAUUUUCACACUACCACGACCGUGAAAGCAAACCUUGGAACGUAUGGAAGACAGUCAGGAAAAGCCAGUUAGACCAGUUUGACGUGUCCGACGAUGAUUCGUCUUCCGAAGAAGAAAACGAGAAGCUCGCGAAGUUUCUUAAAAACACGAAGUCGGAUCGCCGGAAAACAUUCGAGGUGUGGUUAACCGAUAAAGAAGCACAGCAAAUAAGAAGACAGACAGCAUUGGCCGAAAUGGCAAAACAAGAGACAAUUAGGAAAAGGAAAGAAGCACAGUGGCGACAGGUAACUGGCAAAACACAUCAGGAGUGGCUUGAAGAGCUAAGAAGCGACGACCUGAGAAGCCCAAAACCAACCGAGGGCGAACAAAGCGACGAACGAAAGGCCGAAGCAAUACGGAAAUAUCAGGAAUGGUUACGGGCCAAGGACGAAGAAGCCUUGAAACGCGAGGAUCAAUUAAGGAAAGAGGCAGCUGCCAAGUUUACAGAAUCGCAACAGAAACGAGACGAAAAAUUGCAACGCGCAUGGUUCAAGAAAAAACUGCUUAAUACAUCCUGAACCUCAUACUCUUGUGAGGAUGUAAAGCUGCAGGAGCAGAAAUGACUCCUUUAAGCAAAUUGAGAUCAUUUAGAGAAUGGUCGGGGUAACGAUUUCAAAUUUUACUCUUAGGCAAUCAUUCUAAUCUUCUCGGCUUUGCGAAUCUAGAAUCCUAAAUUCUCAGUUCUUUUGUACCUUCAAAAUUGACACUGCAUCGUUUACUGUAAAAAACGAGGCACUGUUCAAAAGCUUUUUGCAGAAAUUUCACUUACAUAUAAAUAUACAGAGGUAAUUCCAAAGCUUUCCUCGCCCGUUAGUCUUAGAAAAUUAAAGGAAACACGUUCAACACACAUUAGUAUGUACUAAAACAGUGAAUUGGGUCGAAGACGCGCUCUGAUUGGCCACUCAAAUCCCGAAUAUUUUUUACUCUUUACCUCCGCACGACGCGAGAAAACAUUGUAAUCGUUGCAGGAUUAAAUGAGUUAAAAUUACCUUUUAGUGCUAUAUCAUCUCACUGAUUUUGUAUAUCCUUAAAGGACUGUCUUAGUAGAGGUGGCUAGCAUUAGAUGUUUACCUCGUCGCUUGGCAGCUUGGUAAAUAUCCACCACUAGCCACCUCAGCUGAGAUGGAUCGUUGUUAAAUAUCCUUCGCAAGAAAAGAAACGUACGCAAAUGACAAGAAAUAUUUCAUUAAAUGACCUUUAUUACGAACUAAUUACAAAUUUUGUUUAGGCACUUUGCGUGCAAGUGAAAAUCAUCUAUGCCAUUUGGAAUAACUGCUGAUAUUAUUUGAAUAAACAAUUUCACUCAAUUCGUAUUUUUACCCAUCACCUUCCUCUUUCAAAUUAAUUGUACAAAAAAAAUGUUAUUUUUCCUUUCAUGUGGUUCAUAUUUUUUGCUCAUAUCCAGCCAUUUAAUUUUAUUCAUGUGAAUGGUUCAAAAAGUAAAUUAAGCAUGAUUAUCAAUUGAAUAAUUGCUACAACUACUAUUACCUAUCAUGAAAUGAGGACAAUUUGAAAUUCUGUCUAGGAUUACCGUUGAAUUGUACGAUACGAGAUGCAAUUAUUAAUUAUGAAAAAGGAUACGAUUGCUUAAUACAUAUUUCAUCAUACAAAAAUCGUGCUAUUUCUAAAUUACAGUAAUUGAAUAUAAUAAUAAUAAAACUUGAAUUAUUGAA